AUGAGUCGACUCCCCCACGUUUCCCAUCGUAGUAGUAGUAGUAGCAGUAGUAGUAGUAGUAGUAGUAGUAAUGGUAGUAGUCGUAGUAGCAGUAGUAGUAGUAGUAGUAGCAGUAGUAGUAGUAGUCGUAGUAGUAGUAGUCGUCGUAGUAGUCUUAGUAGUAGUAGGAGUAGUAGUAGUAGUCGUAGUAGUAGUUGUAGUUGUAGUAGUAGUCUUAGUAGUAGUAGGAGUAGUAGUAGUAGUAGUCGUAGUAGUAGUUGUAGUUGUAGUAUGGGUAGCAGUCUACUUAAAAGUAGUAGUAGUAGUAGUAGUAGUAGUAGUAGUAGUAGUAGCAGUAGUAGUAGU